AUGGUGACCGUCAUGGACGAAAGCACUUUUCUGCAGCUCUUCCAGCAGGAAGGAAGUGAGGAUGGCAUACCCGACUCUUUCCUGUUUGCAGCUGCGCAUGCGGCCGAUCAUCAAGCUCUGAUAGGUCUCCUCAACUCCCUUGCUGCCGAUGGCCUGUUGGAACUCACCUCCCGGGCCAGCACGUUCCUCGAACUCACUGAGGAAGGGAAGAAAGUGCUUGCCGACGGUUCCCCCGAAGCCAAGGUGUUCGCUGCCAUCAGUCCUACAGGGGAGGGCACUACUCAGGAGGCACUCUUGAAGGCCUUGGGAAAGGACUGCGUCAAGAUCGGCAUGGGGCCUUUGAUGAAAGCCAAAGCGGUCCGAAAGGAAGGCGAUAAACUCGUGCGGGCCGUGCCUGAAUUCCAGGACGGGACUCAAGCCGUAUUGCGGCAACUGACGGGCCAGGAAGGGAAGGAAGGACAGGCUCAAGGCCUGUCGGAGGAGGUGGUCAAGACGCUGCGGAAGCGGCAGCUCGUCACGCAGGUGAAGGCGUCGAUGGGCACGAUAUAG